UAGCACUUGAAAUGUUUCUGUUGUUCUACUUGUUUGUUUUCUACAUUUUUAUAGCAUCGAAUCCAUGUUGUUCUCAAUACACAACUAUAACAAUAAAAAACAUCAGAGAAAAAUUUACAAGUAUGAUGAGGGAACUUGUGCUUGAUGUCGUGGUGAAAGUGAACCAGCUUGAAGCACUUAAGGGAGAUGUUGAAAAAGAAGAUGCUUUUAAACUGGGACAUCUUAAAUAUGAAAUCGAUCACAGGACUAGAAGAAUGUUAAUAUUAUACAGCCACACAGACCGCCUAGCUGAAAAACAUUUAAAAAAUAGACUGUGUUUCACGGAAUUGGUGGAUAUGGACAAUUUGUAUCACGAAGCGAUUACUUUUAUUGAUAUGAUGAAAAUGGUCUUGGGGAUGGACAACCUCGCACCGAGCAAACCGGUAUUCCGAUCAGGUUUAUCACAGCAAAUGUGGCAACGAGUGGUGGAUGAGAAGGAAAACAACCCCGUACCAUCUACUUCACCACCGCCAGUGAAGGCACCUUCGGGAAAACGAAGUAAUGGUGCUUGGAAUUAUGCUCCCGAGCCCAAUGAAAACUUAUUCAAGUAAUAUCUAUAGUAGAUAAGAACGCAUUAGUAGAUAACAGAGAGGAUAAGAUUUUAUAAUUGAUUAAGAAAGCUAUGUUUCAUUAUGUGACUGGCCAAAAAUAUUAUAGUAGUGUCGUCUGAUUAUUCAGAACUCUUUGACCCUAUCCUUUUUUUUUAGGAGAAGGUCGAGGAAAUAUUUAUAGGUAGCGAUAAGUUCUUUUAAGUAAUUAUUUACAUAAUUAUGUUACUUGAGCUUGUGCUGUUUGGUUGUGAAUUUGCAUAAGUACUCAAUAAUACUAACUACUCAUAAGUACUACGUACAAUUUAUAUAUUAA